AUGGACACGAUCCUGCGACUCUACUCCCAGGAUAGUUCUGGAGCUACCUUGCGGCAGUAUUUUGACGAAAUCGAUUCGGAUCACAAUUCUGUUGACCAUAUUUCAACAUUGGUAUUGCAUAAUCUGCAGGCACUUGGAUCGUCACUCAAUACUAGUGAGUCUGGAGAUAAAUGUCUUCAGCUAGUCCGUGCGAUUCUAAAAGCAUCACCAGAAGGCGAUGGUAGCAACAGGAGAUCCCAGGUCCUGAAGGGAUCUGUGGCAUGGCUCAUCCAAGUUGGGGAAGCGGCAUCAGAUCACCUUGGAAGAGGCGCCUCUACUGCGGCAAUAGUGGAUGAAAUUGCAGGGAAACUCACAAAUACAAUGAUUGAUACCGCCUCGACAUUUACCCAGGAAGCGCUGGUACAAAACAUCAGUACAAUGACAGAAGCAGUGAGACACCAGCGACGCCCUCAUGCUCAAAUCUUUGCACUCCUGUCUAGAUUAGUUUUGAUCACAGCGAAUGCUGACUCAGUUACCGUACCAGAUUCUUCUGAAGAGAUUUCAGGCUCAGAGUACAGGGAUAUUAUUGUAGAUCGAAUUUGCACCGCACCUUGGAAUCAUAAGAGCGUCUUACCGCUAGCAACUGCACUAGCAGAUAUCAAUAUUGAGGGCAAACAACUUGAACCUGUGAUUAUCAAAAUUAUGAAGCAGUUCAAACACGUUGAUGCUGCUGAUCUCCCCGUUCUGAUUUAUAAUCUUCUACUUCUGUCAUCAAAAGGUCACCAACGACUAGUCCUUAAAGGCACACUGGAGUUCUUUGACCGAUUGAAUGCUGGCGGAGGGAUGGCGGAGAGCCUUCAGUCUGAUAACCCAAAAAGCCCUGCACGCUUAGGGUUCUCGGAGCUUAGCGCGAUUGAGAGUACAGUUAUCCUUCAUUUUAGCUUUGCUGUCAAACAAGAUCAGGAACUCGGAACAGAACUUCUCAAACAUAUGAAAAGCGGAAAAACUGCCUAUAUCUCUUCAUUUUCAUUAACUUGUCUUAUGACGAUGGCGAGAAUCCAUCGAUUUGAGGAUAAUGUCAUGGAUUACCUGAAAUCCACAAUAUCAUCUGUAUUUAAGGAUACAGAGAGGAUGCAACGCGAACCUUGGGUAUUAGACUUUGAGGGUAUGUCUCCAGUAUCAAUCUUCGGUAUUUUUAACAAUAUCAUCCAGAAAAUCCCAUUCGGACUGGAGCAGCUAACACCAAGCCUUGUGCAUUGUGGUGUGUAUAUCAUGGACUCGAUGGCACCUAAAACCCACUGGGCCGUCUCAGACAGCAGGCUACCUAGAAAGAUGAGUCCCAAGUCACCAGGGGAUCUUGGCUGUGAACUUGGGACCAACAUUCUGGCCGAAAUUUUUAGGACCCAAGCGUCGGCGAGGACAGAGAUCCUCGACCAUAUCAUGUCCAGAAUCGUCACAAAAUCGACCAGUACUACAUACUUCCUCCAGUUACUUGAGGCCAUUGUAAAAGAUAGCCCUGACGCCUUGGAGGAGCAUCUCCCAAGGGUCAAGGAAUCCCUCGAUUACCUUUCAUUUCUUCCCUUAGCAACAGCAGUUUGCCUCAUGGCGGCUAUCAAAGAUAUAGCAAAGUCCAAUCGAUCUUUCCGGGAUAGUCUGAUCCUUAUCUUAAGGAAGGCUCUGUUUUCAAAAACGCUUGAAAGCCGACAGGUCGCCCUCUCCGGUUUUCUCUUGCUUUUAGGGCCCGCAAGCAAGCCACAGAUGAGCCUACUAAGUGGGUCAAGCAAAGCUGGGGCAUACCGAAGUUUAGAGGCUGAGUUGCCUGUCUACUCCAUGGAGAUCCUGGGAAUGUUACGGCGCUGUCUAGGCCAGCAGGGCGAAGUUCGCUUAGCAUUAUACGUUGGUCUAAUGGAACUUGUGGAGACAGCUCCAUAUUUGAGCCCUAUCAUCUUUGAGAUCUUACAGGCUCAUUUUAUUCACUUUUAUGACAAAACAGGUACACGAUUAACGCCGUUGAAGCUCGAGGAGUGCAUUGGCAAUUCCAAGACUGGAGGUGAACCGAUAUUUAUCGAACCUCUUCAGUACCUCAUGACCGGCAUUGUACGUUCGUUGGUCGGACUUCAAAGGCUCAAUAGGAGAUCCACCAAGGUGCAUGAUGAGGUUUACGCAGAUGAGCAGCAGGUUUCUGAUUGCCACCGGGAUCUAGACACGAUCUUACUUGGUCUCCAACGGGCGGGAUUGGAAGAUUUUGAAUUGGAUAAAACUUCCGACUUUAACAUGGGAUCAAAUAUAGGGGCGCGCAAUAAUAUGUAUGCUACAUUAUUGACUGGAUGUUAUGAGUCAGCCAUCGAGUAUACUGUUCUCAAACAGUCCUUGUCUGCAGAAGCCUCUAGUACUCAUGGAAAAAGCGUAGUCCGCGAUAGAGAUGGGCGAUUAGAUCCUCAGCAGCGCUCUCUGAAGCUUCCUAAAGGCUCUGCAGAAGUUAUUUUGGUCUUAUUUGGGAAGAUACACAAGCUCUUCGAUAUUGUCAAGGAGAAAGUUAUCAUGUCAAGAGGAAAGAAAAUGGGACCAUUGGGUGAGAGCUCCGUGCUGGGACUAGAGGCUGUAACAAAAUUAAUAGAAUUUAUGUUUAUAGAGCAGAGUGAUGAAGGCAGACUAGACGAGGAGGCACUUAGACUGCGAGCCAAUGAAGAUUUUGUUUACUACAUAACAACCGUUGUAUAUGUGCUACUUCACAAGCUCUACACAUCGGCCGAGACAUUGACAGACAAUGAGUAUGACUACUGCCGCAGACUCUCAAGGGUGCUUGUAAGAGAGUUCCUUGUCAGCGAGAGGCCUGAUGGUCCUAAGGCCGUUGCUGCUGGUGCCAAAGGCAAAGACAAAAACAAGUCUCUGCUAAUGGUUGGAAUUGAGGCACUUACUUCAGGUCUGUUAGUCGUUCAGCGAUUUUAUUCCAGAGAGCCUAUAGCCGCCUCCGACGGAGUGCAGAGUGACAAGAUCGUGUCUAGCUUUUUGGCCGCCACAUUGCCACAAGCCAAUGGUGGACUUCGCCCUGAUCAGUCUGCUGAAGAGGUUGUGGCGUGGACAACAUCUUGCACACUACAACAUGAUACUGGCAGCCUCGCUUCUGCGUACAUUCACUAUCUGCAAGGGCUCGUUGUUAUGUUUGUUAAUGAGACAAUCCCGUUGUUGAAAGAGGCAGCUGGCCUGCUAAACAUAAUUCAACUCCUUUCAAAGUACUUGCUGCGAAUAAGUGAGAAAGACGUGGAGGAGGCUUCCGAUAGUGACUUGUAUAGGGUAUCCUCAGUCGUGAGCAGCGAGAUUGCAGUAACAGGAUCCAAUCAAUUAGACAAACUCAUUCAUUGGAUUGCUAAGCUCUGUCGAGAUCAAGCGUUGGACGACGCUUCGCUGACAAAGACGCUGCUUUCCAUGAUGUUACAACUGGAGCAGGAAUCUGUUAACCCACAGAUGACUGCAGAUCUCUUCCCAUCCACUCAAAUGGGUACGCUGGGAGAGGCGUCGUCCUUUGGGUUUGGAAGCCUCACAGCAUCAUCAGCCGUUGCAUUUCGUCCUGAGGCAGCAGCUCGUCUACGCUUAGCGGCAGAUGUGAUGCUUACUUACGGUUUGAAUUAUGGAGGGCCUGACGUACCUACUUUCCGCGACUUACCUGACCGAGCACCUCAGGGCGAACAAAUAGACGAAGACGUGGCAAAGUUGAUUCAGUUGAGGCGAGAAGUUGGUAUCGAGACUUGCUUCGCCGUAGUUACCUUGCGGACUUCAGGCGCUAUCACAGAAGUGUUACUGCAUCAAGUGGACAGGUCAUUGGAAGGCCUAGAAUGGGCUAUAAGCAAACUCCGAUACUGUGGGCUGGCGUACUCAGGCUCAGAUAACUUAAUAACAAAACAAUCAGCAAUCGUGGAUCAUGAUAUGCAACAGUAUCAGUCUUCCGCGCGGCCAAGAAUGGAUAUAGCCGAGACAUCCACAUCCUCUUCCUUUGGCGUACAUGCUUCAUGUCCUAAAAAGUCGUUUACCGAGUUUGAGACAGAAAUUUGCUGGAGGAUUGAAAUUUGCCUCUGGAUCCUAGUGCGCAUUUCACAAUCAUGCAUUAACCAAUCGUCAUCUGAACAUCUCAUGCGAGUACUUCAGCGAAGUUAUAGAGUUCUGGCGGCCCUUACAAAAUACUUUUUAACACCGCCAAAUGCUGCGCCGCUCAAUCUCUUUUCUCCACUCUCUUCAUCUACUUCUGCCUUAAAGUCUAACGGUAACAACCAACGGAAAGGUGCGACGGGAAACAGCGUCAUCCAGUUACCACAUGGUUUUCUGCGUGUCACCCAGGUGGCAGGUAUGGAGCUUUCCAGAUAUCUGUACUCCUUCCUCAGCUAUUUCCAAAUGCUGGAUGUAGAACAACAGACAAGGGCACAGGAACGUAAUGUUGCUAGCGGGCAAAAAGGGCCAAAGAAAAAUGGAGGAGGGAAAAAGGGUAAAAAUGUGGAUGAUGAUAAUGGAGCGUCUCAAAAGAACGCGGGAGGCCGAGCAGAGAAUACUACUAGCACGAGUGGAGGAUUCAAAGCGCGACAAAAAGCCAAGAUCCUGCGCGAGUCCAAGUUGAUCCCGACAUUGAUCUACGCAGUUGAGCAAUACGAGCGCUACGUGAUCCAAUUGAGCAAGAAAGCUAAAGUGAAUCUCACGCAGUUUAUGAGGCGAAGUACAGCACGUGAUUUCAGGAUCCAGAUCCAACGUCUUGGAGAUCUAGGGUUAGAGGAUAAAUAUGAAGAGGAACAACAGCAACGACUCUUACAGAGGCAGCUAGAACAGCAGCAACAAAAUGACGAAGAAAUGGUCAUGGCUGCUCACCACGAAGAAGACGACGAUGAAGAAGAAACAUUAUUGAGAUCGCGCAAACGAAUUAAGCACGAGGUGUGA